AUUUUACUGCAAUUCAAGACCCUCUCCUAGCCUCGGCGGUUGCUUCAAAUAUUCCCCGCCACGCUUCAGCGCUUUGACCUCAUUCUUCAUUUCCAUCUCUGAACUCUCGCUCUGCUAGCUCUGUAGCUCGUCUCAUCGCCAUAACCAUAGGUUUGUGGACGUCCAAAGCUUAUUGCAAUGGGGGAGUUGUCUCGGGAGGAGAUGAAAAAUACACUUCGAGUACUUGUCGCAACAGAUUGUCAUCUGGGCUAUUUGGAGAAGGAUGAGAUCAGGCGACAUGAUUCAUUCAAGGCAUUUGAAGAGAUAUGCUCAAUUGCAGAACAAAAGCAGGUGGACUUUUUACUUCUUGGCGGUGACCUUUUCCAUGAGAACAAGCCAUCACGAUCCACAUUAGUGAAGGCAAUAGAGAUCCUGCGGCGUCAUUGCCUUAAUGAUAAACCGGUGCAGUUCCAAGUUGUUAGCGACCAAACCAUCAAUUUUCCAAACACAUUUGGCCAUGUCAACUACGAAGAUCCUCAUUUUAAUGUUGGUUUACCAGUAUUCAGUAUUCAUGGAAACCAUGACGAUCCUGCUGGAGUGGACAACCUUUCUGCCGUUGAUAUUCUCUCUGCAUGCAAUCUUGUGAACUACUUCGGGAAAAUGGUUCUUGGUGGUUCUGGUGUCGGUCAGAUCACGCUCUGCCCCAUUCUUAUCAGAAAGGGUUCAACAUCUGUAGCUCUUUAUGGUCUCGGAAAUAUUAGAGAUGAAAGGCUGAACAGGAUGUUCCAGACACCACAUGCUGUUCAGUGGAUGCGGCCAGAAGCACAGGAAGGCUGUCAAGUGACAGACUGGUUCAAUAUUCUGGUACUUCAUCAAAACAGAGUCAAGGCAAAUCCUAAAAAUGCAAUAAAUGAGCAUUUUUUACCUCGCUUCCUGGACUUCAUUGUUUGGGGACAUGAACACGAAUGUUUGGUUGACCCUCUGGAAGUUCCUGGGAUGGGGUUUCACAUCACACAACCAGGUUCCUCAGUUGCAACAUCACUGAUUGAUGGUGAAUCAAAACCAAAACAUGUUCUUUUGUUGGAAAUUAAGGGUAAUCAAUAUCGGCCAACCAAGAUACCGUUGACGUCUGUAAGGCCAUUUGAGUACACAGAGAUUGUAUUGAAGGACGAACCUGACAUCGACUCUAAUGAUCAAAACUCAAUUAUCGAACACUUGGACAAAGUGGUUCAAAAUUUGAUUGAGAAAUCUAGCAAAAGGGUUGUAAACAGAUCAGAGCUCAAGCUUCCAUUAGUUCGCAUAAAGGUGGAUUAUUCUGGGUUUAUGACAAUAAAUCCUCAAAGAUUUGGUCAGAAAUAUGUUGGGAAGGUAGCAAAUCCUCAAGACAUCCUUAUAUUCUCAAAAGCUUCAAGGAAAGGCCGCAAUGAAGUGAAAAUAGACGAUUCAGAAAGGCUUCGUCCAGAAGAACUGAAUCAACAAAAUAUAGAGGCUUUAGUUGCUGAAAAUAAUCUGAAAAUGGAGAUCCUUCCUGUCAAUGAUUUGGAUGUUGCGUUGCACAAUUUUGUAAAUAAAGAUGACAAAAUGGCAUUUUAUUCCUGCGUGCAAUACAAUCUAGAAGAAACACGAAAUAAAAUUGCUCAUGAUGCGGAUUCUUUGAAGUUUGAAGAAGAAGAUUUAAUUCUUAAAGUUGGCGAGUGCUUGGAGGAUCGAGUCAAAGAGAGGAACAUCCAUUCCAAGAAUGAUACGGUAUUCACAUCAUCAAUUCAGUUUUCAAAAGAUUUCGGUAGUAAAAGUUCCACGGCAGUUGGGUCUGCCGUUUCUUUUAGUGAUGACGAGGAUACAGUAAAAGCGUCUGGAUCAAAAUCCACUAGAGGUCGUAAAGUAUCAUCUAGUGCAGCUGAAGACACUUCAACUAAAACUUCCACACGAGGAAGAGGAAGGGGUAGAGGGAGGGGCAGCAGCAGUAGCCUUAAGCAGACAACUCUUGAUGCAGCUCUUGGAUUUCGCCAAUCACAAAGAUCUGCCACUGCUGCUGUUCAAAGCACAGUCAACACAGAUGCUAUGAAUUCUGCUUCUAGUGGAGAACCAAGGGAAAAUGAAGUUGAAGAAAUUAACGACAGUUCGGAAAAUGAUGAAAGUCUUCCCAGCAAAGGAAGAAAGCGCACUGCUCCGAGGGGUAGAGGGAGAGGAUCCACUCAAUCUAAACGGGGAAGGAAAUCUGACAACUCUUUAGUUAAGCGAACGUUCGUAGGUAGAGAUAACGGCGAUGACAGUGAAGAUGAAGACAACGCUAGAAAGCUAUUAAAUAAGUCUCAGCCUCGGGUGACAAGAAAUUAUGGUGCACUGAGAAGGUAAAGGUAGCUACCUUUUCUAUGAUGUAACCUAAUAGAUUAACUGGACGCUGUGGCAUGAAAAGUGACCUCAGUCACGAAUCAAGUAGGAGAACCUACUUCCUGUCCUCUCAACUCAUCCACUGUACAAACCGAUAUCGUAUAGUUCAUGGUGUGUUAAAUUGUUUUCGUGAUGUAGCACGUUUUAGCUGGAGACUUGUGUUUAUUAACCGGAAAGUUGAAUGUUUUGUAGGUGUUUGUCGGUAAGCAGAGUGUAUUGUCUAAUUUGAAGGCAGCUUUUAUUCUAUCA